ACUGCAGUUUAGGCGUGAUAAUAAUAUCACUUGUGGUUUAGACGUUUCAUCGAAUACGCAAAUCCUUGAUAAUUUAGCGCAUCUGACCCAUUCAAAGCGCAUGUUUAAACAAAUUACGUCAAAAUUUUGGCCGCAUUUAUUUAUGUUGAGCAAUCUGCUAGAAAUUAAUACUCCUUUAAACCAAAGAAAAAUGUAACUUUGUGCAGUAAACGAACGAUCCAUUUGCGAUUAAGAUCGGAAAAUACAGUGACCUAAUAAAACUACUAUCUAUCAAAUAUUUACAUUUAAUACCAUGAAAAUCUUUUAAACGUAAAAUUUUUGCCUCCUAGAAAAGUAGACCACUUUCAAGCGAAUGGAACUGGCUGAACUUGCCAUUAUGGCGACAGAAGAAAAUAAAAAACGACCAGUUAUACGAUUCAAAAAAACACACUACUUCGCCGUCGUCGUUUUACUUUUGAUAACUAUAAUUUUAAUCUUGUCCUUUAUUUUAGCCCUAUUUUCACGUAGUUGUGGCACGUCAGAAAUUUCCUCUGCCAAAAAUAGCAACACUUCUGUAUCCAUUGAGCAAGAUAAUGUAACUUUACCGUUACGGUUACCACCAGAUUUGCAAAAUUUCGUUAUUGAAAGAAAUGCCUGGCGUGGAAAAGCACCUACUUCAACUAAGCCUCUGCACCAUCCAAUCCGUUGGGUUGUUAUCUCACACACCGUUACACCUUUGUGCCACACUUUUCGCACCUGUGUUAGAAGGGUCCAAUCAGUCCAAAAUUACCACACAAGUGGAACAAAUAAGAUGUCUGAUAUUAGGUACAACUUUCUUGUAGGGGGUGAUGGUAACGUGUACGUGGGUAGAGGGUGGGACGUGGCGUAUUCUAACCACGAUUCGUCCAUCGAGAUUACUUUUAUUGGAAAUUAUAUCUUCGACCAAUUAACGACAAACAUGACUGACGUCACGAAGAAACUCUUAGACUACGGUGUGAAAAGUGGGAAGCUUUCCGAAGAAUAUAAAUUAGUGGGGCAUAACCAGACUGCUGCAACUCAAAGUCCUGGACGUAACGUGUUUAGAGAAAUUAAGACUUGGCCCCACUUUGUGCCCGGAAAAUUUUCUGUGCUUUCGUAGCCACAAUCAACGUUUUUUCCCAUUAAGUUGUAUAUGUUAUCUUAAAAUGUACACAAAAUAAUACAAUUUGUAUAAAAAGAGUAAUAAAAUUCGAAUAAAUCCUGA